AACGCUCCCAGGUGGCGGACUUUAAGAUUUCAAGUGAAGGAUUUCGCUAACGUUAGAGUUAUAACGAGUGGAUUUAUCGCGAACAAACGUGUUAUUUUUGGCUCAUUCCGCUUUAUUUUUUAUCUACGCUGGCUGUUCGCUAACCUAAUGCAUUUCUCUUUUAUUGUCUUUGGGCCGGUCGGACAGUAACAAAGAGUAACCUGAUUUUCUGUCUUUCAGUCACUUUUAGCUGUACCACCAUAAAAACAGGUCGUUUGCCUUUGACCCGUUUCCUUCUGAAGUGGCUGUUCCCAUUCGGCACACAGCUGUAUCUGUAACUCCUGCCCCGCUGCGUGUGUUUGAAGAGUUAAAUGGACCUGUACUCGGUGGUCAAAGUGAUCGGGACAGGGUCGUUUGGACGAGCUUUGUUGGUUCAGAGCAAAGACAACAAAGAGAAAUGGGUUAUGAAAGAAAUACGACUACCAAAGGCCGAAAGUGGAAUGAGAACUACGCGGAGAGAAGCUGUGCUGUUGGCAAAAAUGAAGCAUCCAAACAUUGUUGCUUUCAGGGAGUCAUUUGAAGAUGAUGGCCAUUUGUACAUUGUAAUGGAGUUCUGCAGUGGAGGUGAUCUUCUCCAAAGGAUACGCCAGCAAAAGGGCUGCCUGUUCUCUCAGGAUGUGAUACUCAGGUGGUUUUCACAGAUGUGUCUGGGUGCAAAACACAUCCAUGAUAAGCGAGUGCUUCACAGAGACUUAAAAUCAAAGAACAUAUUCCUCACAGAGAAUGGUACCAUCAAACUGGGAGAUUUUGGCUCAGCAUGCACUCUUAACAGUGCAAGAGCUUAUGCACAGACUUACGUUGGAACUCCAUACUACGUGUCUCCAGAGAUUUGGGACAACCAACCAUACAAUAACAAGAGUGAUGUCUGGUCUCUGGGCUGUGUCCUGUACGAACUCUGCACCUUGCGCCACCCAUUCCAGGCCCGCAGCUGGAAGAGUCUGAUUUUGAAAGUGUGUCGUGGAGCAUAUGCUCCUUUACCUGCUCACUUUCCUUAUGAGCUUCACUACCUGAUCAAACACAUGUUCAAGACCAACCCUAAAGACAGGCCUUCCAUACACACCAUCCUCAACUCCCACCGUGCGUCCAGAUUGCUGCACAAACACCUGCCUGAAGAGAGCAAAGAACUGGUGGUGGAACCAAUAAACCACUGGAAGAAAGAGGAAGGAGAGAAAGUAGCCAUGUUUCUGGGUCAGAAGAGCUUAUUAAGCACAUCUACCACCAAAGACACUCUUUCUUAUGGGUCAUCUCUGCCAGAAAGUCGGAGUGGUAAUGUUGGCCCUCGAAAAAAGUGGGCAGAAGGACCUCCUAACACAGUGCUGAAGGUCCUUGGCAAUGCUGACAUAAUUUCCUCUGUUGGCAUGGCAGCGACAGAGGGAUCUGACUCCAGAUCAGAGGAGGAAUGUAUAGAGACGCAGAGAAAGAGAGAGAGAAGGAAAUGGGACAUAGAUCCACCAGACAGACUGUUGAGCCUCCUGGAGAAAGCUCACCUCAGCAAAGCCUUUGAAACCUACACUAUCCACAGACGCAGUGAUGAUCCUCUGCUUGAACCUUUGGCUGAAGAGAAGAAUGAUGUUGCUACAGAUGGCCCAGAGGACAUCCACACUGACCACAGCAGACUGGAGCCACGUUCAGAUGAUGAAGACACAGAUUUUGAGGAUGAUUGCCCUCUUGACUGGACAGAGGAGUUGGAAAAAAUGGUGGAAGAGCACUAGAAAUGUAUGGAACUUCAGUGAUAUUCCAUGUGUGUAUUUAAAUAGUAUACACAUUUUCUAUGUUCAUCACUUCUUAAAUGUAAUUUAUAAUUUGUUGGCAAAUGUUUUCAAAUACAGUACAUGUUUCCAUGA